CGCGUGAUGAGACUUGGGAAUUCCUGUAAGACAGGAGGCUAGGAAACAGCAGUUCGCAACUUUGCUGGAGGUGUACGCAGCGAUUAUUGACUUCGGGCUGUCUUUGGGAAAUCGAGACUGUUGGGCUGUGUUAGGAAAAUCGGGAUUGUUUGGGUGGGAGAUGCCUGAUAUUCCAACUCCAUAUAACCCUUUGGGGGUUGACUCCAGCCGGGUUCCAGAUUUCUGGUUGUAUCGGUGUCUGAGGAGACUCAGUGGGAUCCUGGCACACAUCUUGGCACUUGGUUUUACUGUAUUCCUGAUAAUACUUGCUAGGCCUGGAACCACCUCAACAUACUAUCAUCCAUAUUGGUCUCUAUCACAGUGGAGAUUACAGUCUAAACUGAAACAAGUACACAAUGAAGAAGACUCUUCAUCAGGAACCAGUUUAAGUGAAUGCCUCUUCUCAUGGCAUCCUAUCUUUAUGGCUGUUGCUUUUUGUUUAUGCAUGACAGAGGCUGUGCUUCUUCUGUCCCCGGAAACCUCCCCUCUCUGUCCUCUUUCCAGGAAGUCCAAGACCCGCUUACAUUGGUUAGUGCAGCUGUGUGUACCCCUUUUGGCUGGCAUUGGCUUUGCAUUUAUUGUGUGCAGCAAGAACCGUAGUGAACAGUUACAUAUGACCUCGUGGCACAGCAUUCUGGGUGUGUUUACUUUGGGAGCUACAUUCUGUCAGGCUGUGUGCGGUCUGGCAUUGCUUUGUCCCCGACUUGCUCGGAUCAGUGCAGUUUCACGGCUCAAGUUGUACCAUGCAACUUGUGGACUUCUCGUCUAUCUUCUGGCCACAUCAACAGUGCUCCUUGGCUUGUGUUCAGACUGGUUUCAGGCUCAAAUAAAGGGACCUGUUUGGUAUAUCUGCCUUGCCUUACCUCUGUAUCCUGCACUUAUCAUCAUGAACCAAGUGUUGGACAUUUACCUUCCCAAGCGCAAAGUAGAGAUGUGAUAUAUAUGUACCACUGUAAUUUUACCAGACAACGAAGACAUAGUUGGGAUGUAGACAUUGAAUCUAAACUGUUAUAGAAAUGCUGCAUUUCACUGCAGUUUCCUGUACAUAUUUGUGUAUGUAAGAUUUAUAUGUACUUACUUGCACUUAACCUGGACAAACUUUGUAAUGUAUUGGGGAUGUACUUUGAACUUUUGAAUUAAUUAAUUUAUUAAUUAUUGGUGUAAAGCCUUUGGAACAAGAAAGGGGGUAAUAAUAGCUGUAUAGUUCAUGGAUUUUAGUUUUACAACUAACUAGCUAACUGCUUGCUUAAAAUGCAGACCAGCGCAGCAGCGUACCUGCCCAACAUCUUACUGAAUGAAGACUCUUUGGGUCUCUCCGCCGAUACGAACCUGCUUGUGCAUGCGCAGUUGGAGGUAGCAGGAAAUCAGCUUCAGCUACGCAUGUGCAAGCAGGUUCAGUGUCGGCGGUGAGAUCCGAAGAGUCUUCAGUCGGCCAGGUACACUGCUGCUCUGCAUAUAGCUAGUGGUUAGCGAUAGGGACAGAGUGUAAACUUAAAAACUAUGGGAUAUGGGAGAGAUGACGAGGGUCUAGGCAAUAAUAGUUAAGGGGGCUUUUUGCGCCCGGGGGUAUAGUUCUCCUUUACCUAGGGUUUUUUUGCCUUCCUCUGAAUCAACUAGUUGUUACACAGGUUGCACUUGAGCAAAGUAAUGAAGGUGUGUUUUUUUUUAACCCCAUCUACUAUGUUACUAUGUCAACAGCCUAUGUCUACACAGCUUAGACUGCUGUUUAUGAUAUUUUAUGCAACAAAAACAAAAUCACAGCUAUCACCUACCUAGAGUUUUUUUUUAUAAAUACUGAAUAUUGAGGGCCAGUUUAUAUUAAUAAUUAUGUUUAAAUAAUUAUGUUAUAGAAUUAAAUCUCUGCAACCUACUAGGGGUCCAUAAAAAUGUUUUGGAGUUGUGCUUCCAACACACUUCCAGUUGGACAACUCUGACCAAGAUGGUUAUGGUUGGCAAGUACACAAUGGGCUGACAUUGCACUUGACAGCUGAUUGUACAUUUUAAGCACAAGGAAAGCCUAAUUCAUUGGAGGAGGUGUAUCAAUAUGCUGGGCACUCCCCAGUGAAUCCAAUAGCUAAGUAUAUUUUCCAGGCCAUUGGGUUUUUUUUCUAAAUGAAAAAAAAAAGUCAGUGCAAAACGCAGACCUAGACUCAGGUAUGUAUGGCCCACUGCAUAUAAGGAAAACUUAUAAUAUAAUUAUAUUAUAUAAUUAUAAUAAUAAAUAAAUUCCAAAGAAGUAUGCACAAUUUAAGUAAGGCUUCACUGUGAUUUUUACAGUGUAGUUAAAGGAAAUGCAUAAUCACUGGAUAGUGCACCCCCACUCCAAAUAUAAUUGCCUAAUUGAGGCCGUGAGCCAGCAUUCCUGUUAAAAACAGCACCAGCCUGGAUUACUAUACUAGGAGCAUUGUGUCACAAUCUUCUUGUUGUUCAUGGAGCCAGCAGCCCCAGGCAAGUUACACAUUUAUAGUGAAAAGCUGGCAAUUUCUUUAGAAUUCUGCUUUUUACUCUACUGUGCAAGUGCACAUGGACAUCAGCCACAAGGGAUCCCUGCGAGAAGAUGGCAAUAUUGUAAUCCUACUGUAGUAUUCCAGACCAGUACAGUUUUUAGAAAACAUGAGCACUAUUCCAGUGCCUCCUUCUUCUUUAACAUUUAACUUGCAUAUUUCUAAUAGUUACAGGGCUGUUAGAAAGCCCCAUUGUCUGAAGAUUUGCUUUAGCUUUACUUAUUCUGUAUAUCUUAGUAUCACUAUUUUUUAUUGUGUGUUUUAGGAUAUUCUGUAAAUGUUUUAUUUAAGCACUUUUUUAGUAAGAAAACUGUACAUUUUCCACUACACGGAAUGUGUCAUUUAUACACUGGACAAUUGCACACUGCCAGCUUAGAAUUGGCAUUUUUGAGCAUUUACUUGUAAUUUGUUAUCAAGGAUUUACCCUCUCAGGGACCAAAGCUUACAGCACUAAAAGAUAGUCUUAUUUUUAAUUCACAUUGAUAACUGUAACAUUCCUCAUAAACGUAAAGUUUUGUGAACUAUUGAUUAUUUUGAGAAAAAAUUACAAAUUACCUCCAUUCCUGAAUUUACUUGAUAACUAAGCACUUAACCAUGAAGCACUGAAUGUGAGGCAUUACCUUUCUUUUAGGGAAUUUCCCCAAAACACUGUGGAUUUGUCAUAUAAUAUAGUUUCUGGAUUUGCUUCAUGGACUUACCCUUGUAAAGGCGACCUAUGAUCUAGAUCUAGAAAAGGGGUCACAUGACUGCAGAUUUGACAUCUAAAAUGUUACUGAUCUAACCCUGGUAUAUCAGUAUAUUUCUUGAAUGUAUGUUACAUACACUAUAAAGGUGUGAUUUAAAUAUGAUGUAUUGAAAUGUAAAUAUUUUGUAACGUUCUUACCUUAAAGAGGCUGUUCCUUGUGGGUAGAUUGUUGGUAUAGUACCCAAAGGACAGACUGUUGCAUGUCCCAGUUUGCAGUUGGUUGUAAAGGCUGCUUUUUUUUUGUUUAAGGUUGGGUUUAUGUAUGUAUGUAUAUCUUUAUUUAUAAAGCGCUACUUAUGUACACAGUGCUGUACAGUAGAAUGUAGAAUCUGUGCUCACCACCAUUGUAUAAUAUAAGGUGUACACAUGGGAAUAAUUAAGGUAAUUUGUUGUGAACUGUUUAUACUACCUUGUAUGUUUUAAUUGAUUUUAAAUGAGAACUAAAGCUUAAUUAAGAAUUAGACAAGAAAUGUCGUAAACUAUGUUUUGGGCUUUUUUACCAGCCCAAGGCAACCACUGCCCCUUAGCAGUAAAGAUCUGUGCCUCCAAAAAUGCCCCAGUAGCUCCCCAUCUUCUUUUCUGCUGAUUCACUGCACAUGCUCUGUGCUGCUGUCAGUUACUGAGCUUAGGGGGCGACACACAAUAUACUGUAUAUAUAGAAUAUAAAUAUCACAAUAUAAGCUGAUUAGUAAAUAAUACAAAUUACUGCUUGAUAGCUCUAAAACCAAUGCAGUUAGCAUCAGAAAUGAAUAAUCAGCCCUGCAGCAUCACCCUCUAUGACAAGCCAACAUUUUUUUUCUGCUUGAUUGUUUGCAACGACCCCUAAGCUUAGCUUCUUAACAGCUGCUCAGAGCAUACUGAGCAUGUGAACUGUCCCUGACAGUUCUAACAGGUUUUAGUAUGGUGACCCCCUAUGACAACAUUGAAGUACUUAAUCAUUACAGCUAUAGAGAUGCUGAACCUUUAGGCCAGUUCAAUGAGUUCCGUUUAUAGCCAUAUUCAUUUUUAGGGUUUAGUUCUCCUUUAAUUAAAUGUGACCCUGCUUUAACAUACCUAAGGCUGAUGGCCGAUUUACAUUGUUACCGGGGAAGGCAUAUUGGGGAGAUUAGUCGCUUGUGGUAGCUUAAAUAAUCCAUGGGUGACUAUUCUCCCCAUGGGCCAUCAUCCCAGGUGUGUUUAAAUGUAGUAAACACCCAUGCAUAAAACUAGAGAACAGCUGUUUACAAAGUGCAGGUAUGAUAUCUAGUUAUACAGAAUACUUGGGACCUGAGAAUUUUUGUAAAAGCCUACUAAAACAUUUAAACAUUUAAACUUUAAAUAAACCCAGUAAAUCUAAUUUACAUGUACGCUAUCUCAGGAUCAAGUACCAGACACUGUUUUAUUUUUAUUAUGUGUAGGCAAAGGAAUCCUGCUCAUAGUUCACAUUUUCAGAUAAUGUGUAUAAUACACUAUAUAUACGGUAUGUUUCAAAAUAUAAUUGUAACAGUCCUGUUUUUUGCUUUAGCAACAUGAUGGGUAUAUAUAGAAUUUCUAUAAAUAUUGGGUAUGUUGGAUCAGGUGUGUGGGUUGGUAUGCAAGUAGGUGAGUACUCCUCUGUCAUUGGGUGAUAUUUAUUUUCUGUUACCAGUGGGUUUAUUUUCAUGUAUUUUGGAGCAUUUCUGUAUUGAAUAAAUUUGUCUAAAAUUGAAAACAA